AUGUCGCAAUCUCUAGUGAUCUUCAAUACCUCGGGUAAAUUGCAUUACCAGUACAAUAAUAAGGUGCAUCCUUUCAACGAGCUCGUUUCGUCUAUUGUUAACGAAACCUUUCAUGAGAUCGAACCCAACUUCUUUACCACCACAUCUGGUCAAAAGAGGUUUUAUUGCUUAAAGCGCAAUAAGUUCUACACUGCAUUAUACUUCGAUGUCAUUACUACCAUCGAUAGAGAAAGGAUAAAGCGUACUUUGUCCGAUAUCUGGAAGACGUACGCUAAGAUAGCGGAGGAGGAAAUAGUGAGCGAUGCAAAGACGACGGAAAAAUUGCAGAAGUUGAUCGAUUACCAGGUCGAGCAGUUGAUGAAGUUCAAGCAGGAGAGAAAUGAGUUAUCCAAGGUGGAUUCUGGUGCAGUUUCAUCGGCCAAUACCAGUGGUACGACCACCCCAGUGAGAAAGACUGGAGGUGUAGCUUCAGGCCCCGGUACUGGGAAGAAAAUGAGGAAGUGGGACAGUGGAGAGCCUGUAGAGGUUAGCGGAGACGGUACAGCUCUUGAUUAUUCGGAAUCUAAGGGCGAAAGCGGAGCAGAGCAGUCGAAUAAUGCAGACCAAUUGCAAAUAGAUCAGUCUGCCUUUAAGAAAGAGAACGACUUAUUCAUUGUGAACGAGUUAAACGAGAUCCUUGAUAACGACGACGACGACGAAGAUGAUGAGGCUGGUGAAGAGAGUGGACUGAGUGGGGGUGGCUUUUUCAGCAAAGUCUCAGCAUACUUUGGAUCUACCGUGCCUAUUGACUCUCUCAACAAAGAGUUUUACAACCAUCUUAUUAGUAAGAACAUCUCGCCGCCCACUGCCACCAAGAUUACAGAGAAAAUCAAGUCAGAGUUGAACAACCAGAAGCAGGUCACUAAGCAGGUAUACAAGCAAACAUUGGAGACUGAGUUAACCAAGAUCUUGACCCCCAACGUGUCCACCGAUUUGCUUUACGAGAUCAAGGGCAACAAGUCCGGAGAGAGACCGUUCGUUAUUUCUGUUGUUGGGGUCAAUGGAGUUGGGAAAUCCACUAAUUUGGCCAAACUUGCCUACUGGUUCUUGCAAAACGAUCUCAAUGUCUUGAUUUGUGCCUGUGAUACCUUCAGGUCGGGUGCUGUAGAGCAGUUGAAAGUGCAUGUAAACAACUUACAAAAAUUGAACUCCACCUCUUCGUCCAACUCGAAGAUAGAUAUCUUUGAAAAAGGUUACGGUGGUGGUGACCACGUCGUCGCCACAGCCAAGCUGGCCAUCCAGUAUGCGGCGCAAGAGAACUUCGAUAUAGUGUUGAUCGAUACCGCAGGAAGAACCCACUCCAACGCCAAAUUGAUGGCUCCUCUAAAGAAGUUUGGGGAUGCCGCUAACCCUGAUCGAAUCAUCAUGGUUGGUGAGGCAUUAGUGGGUACAGAUUCGGUGGAACAGGCGCAGAAUUUCAAUAAUGCCUUCGGUAACAGAAGGUCAUUGGAUUUCUUCAUCAUUCUGAAAGUUGACACUGUGGGAGAUUUGGUCGGUACCAUGAUCAAUAUGGUCAUGGCUACCAGAGUGCCAAUAUUGUUUGUGGGUACGGGUCAAACGUAUACAGAUAUCAAGAGAUUGAGUGUCAAGAGGGUGGUGAACAUGUUGACCAGCUAG